AUGGCUCAUAGGUUGUUACGAGACGAGGACGCGGACGGCUGGGAGCGCAGCGAUUUUCCGAUCAUCUGCGAGACGUGCCUUGGAGCGAAUCCAUACGUUCGCAUGACCAAGGCGAGCUUCGACAAGGAGUGCAAGAUCUGCACGCGCCCCUUCACCGUCUUCCGAUGGCGGCCCGGCCGCGACGCUCGCUACAAGAAGACCGAGAUCUGCCAGACGUGCUGCAAGCUCAAGAACGUUUGCCAGGUGUGCAUGCUCGACCUCGAAUACGGCCUGCCGGUGCAGGUGCGCGACACGGCGCUCAACAUCAACACCACGGACGCCAUCCCGCAGAGCGACGUCAACCGCGAGUACUUUGCUGAAGAGCACGACAGGAAGGCUCGUGCAGGGUUGGAUUACGAGUCAUCGUUUGGAAAGGCCGCGCCGAACGACCUGCUUUUGAAGCUGCAGCGCACGACGCCCUACUACAAGCGCAACCGCGCGCACAUCUGCUCGUUCUUCGUGCGUGGGGAGUGCACGCGCGGGGCGGAGUGCCCCUACCGCCACGAGAUGCCCAUCACGGGGGAACUGGCGCAUCAGAACUUCAAGGAUCGCUACUAUGGCGUGAACGACCCCGUGGCAAAGAAGAUGAUGCGGCUGGCAGCAGAGAUGCCGUCACUUGAAGCACCGGAGGACACAACCAUCAAGACGCUCUUUGUUGGAGGGGUGGACUCACGCAUCACAGAGGAAGAUCUCAAGGACAAGUUUUAUACAUUUGGUGAGAUAGAGUCCAUCCGUCUCAUCACCCCGCGCAGCUGUGCCUUCAUCACCUUCACCACGCGCGAGGAUGCCGAGAAGGCGGCAGAGGGGCUGGCCAACAAGCUCAUAGUCAAAGGGAUUCGGCUCAAGCUGGACUGGGGGAGGCCCAAAGCAGAGGCUUUGGAAGGAGGGGGGGACGGGGGAGGGAAGCGGCUGCUGGAAGGGGGAGAGAAGGGGCCGGGGGGAGCGGGUGGGGGGGAUGGGGGAGGGGGAGCUUCGGGUUGUUGCCUCGGGCUGCGGCAGGUUCGGCGGUAG